AUGGAAGAAUACAAAAAAUCAAUCAACGAAAUUUUUAAAGCUAUGCGUGAGUAUACAAAAGGGAAAGAAACCAAUAUUAAUGAUGUAAGUUUCAAAAUUAAAAUUAAUAAUUUAUUUUUUGUAAUUUCAGAAACACUUAAAGUUGUUGUGUCAUCUGAGGAAAAAGAGCUAUUAAAAAAUACUGAAGAAAUCCAAACCAGUAAAAAAAAGGAUACUUUACAUAAUAAUGAUUUUUUUAAAAUCAUGCAAUGUGUUGAUAUAUUAGAAUCACAAAUAAUGAAUCUCCAGUGCCAAGUCGCCGAAAACAUCCACAAAUAUGAAGAAACUUUAAAUGACACAAAAAAACUUGUAAAUAUUUCCCGUAAGUUAAAUGAAAUUCAAAACCAAAUUUGGCCGCAAUGUAAGAACAUUGAAGAAAAUUUAAAGAAAAUGGAAAAUUGUGUAUUGAAAACAAAAAGAUUCACCAGAGAGUAA